AUGAUGUUGAAUAAUAAUUUAAAAACGUUAGCUUUAAACAUACCAAGAGAUAAAGAAAUCAAAUACUAUAACUUUUUCAUAAGAAAAGUGGAAGGUUUAUUAUUUUAUAUAAAAAAACGAAUUAUUAAUAUAACAUGUUAUUUAAAAAGCUUUACCUGUAAAAAGCGUUAUCCUUUUGAUGACGAUCUAUAUGAUUAUGAGGAAAAAGUCGAAAAAGGAAACAAUGUAUAUGUGUAUGCAUUAUUAUAUCCUAUAAUAAAUAGUUUAUAUAAUAUUAUAAAUUUAUUGUAUGCAAUAUCAUUUAAGUAUAUUUUAUGUCUUUUCUUUAAUGCUAUUAGAAAAAAGAAAAGGAACAAAUUAAAUGAUAAUAUUAUUAGAAUAAAAUUAGAAAGGAAUAAAACCAUUUUGAAAAAUUAUGAUCGUUGUAUAUUUUUAACAAAUGAUAUCAAUAAUUGUAUAUGUCACAAACAGAUUAUAGAAAUCUGUAAGAAUUUUAUAAACAAUGUAAUAUAUCAUGUACAUAAUUUAGAAUUUGUUAAUAAUGAUAGGGAAAAAAUUUAUAAGUGUUUAAAAAAUUGUAAGAAUAUAAAUAGAAUGAAAGAAAUGUUCAUAAAAAAAAUUAAGCAUUUAUAUAAUUUUGAUUUUGAAAAUGCUCUAUAUUUAAGUGACGAAUCAUUAAUAAAAAAGAAGUUACAUUUUAAAAAUACAUAUGAAAGUAAUCAUUUUACUUUUUAUAAAAAUAAAGAGAAAAAAGGAAAAUCUGAAAGAAAAUUGGAUCUUAUAAAAAUAUAUGAUGAACUAUAUCUUCAUACAUAUAUUAUAAGAAAUAAUUUAAAUAUAAAGAGUAGGAUGAAUAUUAUUAAUAAUAUGUAUAAUAGAAAUAUACUUUCUAUAUUUAUUAAUAUAUUCUUUAAAAAUUGUACAAAUAUUAUAUUUAUAAUUUUUUUAAUUGCAUGUAUAUUUCAACAAAUAAGUAUAAUUAAAACUAGUCAUUAUCUAUAUUUUUUGCAAACCUUUUAUUUUAUAUUUAUAUGUUGUAUAAUAAGAGAUAUGUGUAUUGUUAAUAAGAAGACAGAACAUAUGAAACAAAUAAAAAGGAAAACAUACAAAAGAUUAACACCUUUGGGGUUAAUAGAUGUCCUUUAUUGUGAUAUUAAGGUCGGAGACAUUUUGUAUUUACCCCAAUUUGAGGUAAUACCAGCUGAUAUAAUUUUACUAAAAAAUUGUACUGAUGAUGAUAUAUUAAUUUCCUCAAAAAAUUAUGAUGGAUAUAAAGAUUUGAAAAUAAAAAAAUGUGUAAAGAUAACAAAUAUAUUAGCAAAUAUUUAUGAUAUAUUUUUAAUGAAAAUAAAAGUUCUUAUUGAAAAACCUCACUGCCAUUUUGAUCGAAUGAAAGGAUUAUUGUUCUUAUUAAACUGUAGUGAGGUCACUAAUACAAUUGUAAAUGAUAUAACAAAUUUAGAAGAUAUAUAUUUUGGGAAAUCAAAUGUAUAUAAUAUCAGCAAUAAGAAUAUUAAUAAGGAUAAUAUUUCAAUAUGUCAAUUUAUUUUUAUAUAUAUUAUACAAGAUACUUAUGUUGAAUUAUCUUAUAAUUUUCUUAAAUAUUUAUUUGCUAGAUCCAUACAUUGUUCAUAUAACACAAUGCAGGAAAAUAAAACAAAAAAAGUGUUGAGUCCUUGUGAAUUUUUAUUAAAUAAUAAGAAAGAUAUAUUAUCAAGACAGGUUGAUAAUAAUAAUAUUAAUAGUUCUUAUUACAAAAGAAAUGAAAAAAGUAUUCAUUAUAGCAGUGAUAGUUGUAGUUAUAGUAGUGAUGUAUAUUUAUGUAUGAAUAAAAUAGAUACAUAUCCUAUUUUUUGUAGAUCAAACGAUGAAAAUAUAAAUAGUAAAAAUGAUGUUAUUAUAAAACCUUACAAAAAUAAUAAUAAUAUAGAAACAAAUAAGUCAGAUUAUACAUCAGAAAUGUAUAAUAAUAGAUUUCCUACUUAUUAUGAUGAUAUUUUUAAUUUAAAAGAAAAACUAAAUCAUAAAUUAUUUAGAAAAUAUAAGGAAUCAAUAAAUAUUGAUAAUAUAAUAUGGGAUGAAUGUACUCUAAUAAAAAGUUCGAUUUAUGGUUUAGUUAUAUAUACAGGUAUAGAUAAAAAGUCAAACAUUAUAAAUCAGAAUAAUAAAAAAAAAAUAAAAGAGAAAAAAAAAAAUGAUAUUUUAUUUUGUAAUGAUAUGAAUUAUAAAAUGAAAAUAUUAUUACUUACAGUUAUAUGUAUUAAUUGUAUUCUUUGUAUAAAUGAAGAAAAUCUAUUAGACCAAAAUAUAUUUCUUAUAUAUAUAAAAUAUUUCUUUUUAUUAUUAAUUCAUUUACCAAAUAUUAACUGUUGUUAUAUUUUUAUAAUACAUAAGUUAUAUUCAUUAAUAUUAUGGAAUAAUAAUAAAUUAAUAAAUACAAAUAAAAAUAAAAGUAGGUAUACAAAUGAAUAUAUAAAGAAUCAUCAUUUUAAUAAUAAUAUAAUAUAUAACUAUAAUAUAAUAAAAUCAUUAUAUAAUACACAAUAUAUUUUAUAUGACAAAAUCGGUACUUUAUCUAAAGAUAAUCAUCUUAAAAUACACAAGUUUGAUUUUAUAUUUGAUGAAUUUUUAAUAGAUACACAUAGUACUCUCUUCUUUCAAACCUUUUUCAAGGUUGUAGAUUUCAAAAUAUUCUUUCAUUAUUAUAUAAAUGACAACAACAAUAAUAAUAAUAAUAAUAAUUAUAAUAAUAAUAAUAAGGAGGAGGAAAUCAAUAAAAUGAUAUUACAUAAUAUUCAUAAAUACCAUGAUAGUUAUGAUAUCAUAAAAGACAAUUCAAAAGUAUAUAAAAAUAUUUUUCAUAAAAUAAUAAAUUAUAGUUGUAGUGAAAUACAUAAAAUAUUCUUAACAUUUUUAUGUAUUUUAUUUUGUAAUGAUAUUAUAAUAAGAAAAAUGAAACGUUUAAAAAUUGAGGAGAAAAUAAAAGAAAGAAACAUAUAUAAUAUUAAAGAUAAACAUAUAUAUAAUAUUAAAGAAAACAAAGAUACUAUUAAGCAUAAAAUAUUAUUUUCAACAAAAGAAGAAGAAACAUUAUUCUUGAAUUUUUUAAGGUUUUUAGGAAUGCAGUUAUAUUAUCAAAAUAAUUAUAUAUUUCUCCUUUGUAUAAAAAAUAAUAUAUCUAUAAAAAAGUGUGGACAUAUUUCACAAGAAAAAGAAAAAAAAAGAAAUAGAAAAAAAAACAUUAUAUUAAAUAAACAGGUGAAUAAUAAGGUAAAGCACCGAAAUAUUGAUUUACAACAAAUUUAUGGAUUUCAAAAAAAUAAAAAUUGUGAUAAAAAAUGGAGUGUUAAAAAAAAUAUAUUCUUUAGUAAUUCUUUAAAAAAGGAUCAUAUUUUUAACUACUCAUAUGCAGAGAGUCAAAGAAAUAUAAAAAUAAUAAAAAAAAAUAAAGGAAUCAAAAGUAAGCAUCUUGAUAAAACACAUGAUCAUUUGAGAAAUAAUCAUCAAAAUGAAUAUAAUUCUACAAGUCAAAGUGAUAAUUGUUGUAGUGAUUAUGACGAUGAUGAUUAUGAUUAUACUUCUAAUAAUUGGAGUGAUAGUGAUAGUGAUAGUAAUAGUGAUACUUCGGGAUGUUCACAUUUUAAAGGAAUAGAAAGGAAUCAUCAUAACUAUACUUAUUGUAACAAUAAAAGAGCAUUAAAAAAAAAAAUUUAUGAAAAUGAAUACAAGAAAAAACAAACAGAAUGCCCUUUUAAAAUAUUAGACAUUUUUCAAUCAAGACAACCAUAUAAACUUAUAUCUAUUUUAAUGUUAUACAACAAUCAAAUAUAUUAUUUAUUGAAAACAUAUGAUGAAUAUACUAUUUAUAUGUUAUGUAAUCAAGAAAGUAAGGAAAACAAAAAAGACCAAAUAAUAAAAUCUAUACAGAAUUUAUUAAAAAAUGGAUUUGGUAUAUUAUUAUUUGCUUAUAAAAUUGUUCCAAAUAAUGAAUAUGAAAUAUAUAAAAAGAAUUGUACCAAGGAAAAUAAAAAAAAUUAUUUUGAAAAUGUAUUUAUUAAGAAUGUUAUUAUAUUAGGUAUUUUUUCUUUUAAAGAAGAAAUUAAAAAUAGUGCAAAGAAAAUUAUAAAUCUUUUUAAAGAAGCUGAUAUAAAAACAUGGAUUUUAUCUAGUGACAAAAAAAGAAAUGUUCUAUCCAUUUGUAAAUCUCUAAAUUUAAUAAAUGAACGUAAUACAACUUGUUAUUUGAAUAAAAAUAAAUUAAUACGUAUAUAUAAAAAGUAUAAUACAGUUAUUAAUACUACUACUAAUAAUGACAAUAAUAAUAAUAAGAAGAAUAAUAAUAUGUCCUUUAAUAGUUACGACAAUGAAAAAGUCGUUGAAAAUUAUAUCAAUACAUCAAGCGAACACAAAAUAACAAGCAUAGUUGCGUGUAAUGAAAAAUGUUCUAAUGAUACUUCUCUUAUAUUGAAUAGUACUGAUGUCAAAUCAGAGCAUAUGAAUUCCACAUUGUUACUAUCUAAUAAUAUAAGGAAUCUAUCAAAGGAUAUGGCGUAUUAUUAUAAAAAUUUAAAUACCAAUAAGACAAAUAAAUGCCCUGACCUUUUAAACAAUAAUGAUAUAUGCAAAAAGAAAAAUAUAGAUGACAAAAUGGUACAGAUGGAACCAGAAAAUAUUGAAACAUCAUUAUUAAAUAAUAAUUAUAAUAUUUUUAAUAAAUAUACUCACAUUCAUAGGAAUAUAUCAAGAUAUAUUAUUAUGAGAGGGAAAGAUUCCAAUGAUGCCAGAAAAGAAUUAGACAUUUCUUAUAUUCUAAAAACGGAUAAAAAAGCUUGUUAUAUUUUAAAGUGUAUGCUAUUUUAUAAUUUCGAUGAAAAUUAUAAAAGUAUUUCACAAGUACAUAAUAAUUAUAGUAAAGAAAAAAUGAAUAAUGAUAUUAUAAAAUUGAAUGAUAUAAAAAAUAUUGUAUAUAUAAUUAGUGGUGAUAUUCUUGAAUAUUAUUUAAAAUAUGAUGAAAUAAAUUUUAUAAGUGUAUUAAAAAAUUGCAAGUUGGUUAUAUUUUAUAAAUGUAAUUGUAUUGUUAAGGGUAAAAUUGUUCGUGCUCUAAAAAAAUAUAGCAAGGAUAAUAUAUGUUCUGUUGGAAAUAAUAUAAAGGAUAUUAAUAUGUUUAAGGAGUCUGAUAUAUCCAUAUUUAUAAAUAAUAAUAAUAAUAAUAAUAAUAGUUUUAAUAGUGACAAUGUGUGUAAAUUAUAUGCUGAUAUUGUAUUAAAAAAUUUUGGUGAGUUAGGUAAUUUCUUUUUUAUAUAUGGAAAGAAAAUAUAUGUAAAUUUUAUUUUAUUAAUAAAGUGCAUAUAUUACAGAGGUAUAAGUUUAUUUUUCUUACAAUUUUAUUUUUCCUACUUUUUUAAGUGUAAAAUUUGUAUAUUUUCAAAUACAUUUUUAUUUAUCUAUUUUGUAUUAUUUUUUGUUAUGACAAGUAUUUGUAUUAUUUGUUCUAUAAAAUGUAAUGAUAAAUAUGAUAAUAUUAUAUAUGAUAGUAAGAAUGUACUAAAAAAAAAAAAAUUUUUAUUUAAGAAGCUCUUAAAAAUAGAUAAUUUUACUAUAAUAUAUUUUUAUAAAACAUUAUUCUUUUGUUUAAAUGAGUCUUGUUUAAUAUUUAUUCUAAGUUAUUAUUAUUUUUUAAAUAUAAAUUAUGAAAUAAAUACAUUAACAACAUUAUUUAUUACACAUAUAUUCAAAUCUUUAUUUCUAUAUAUUGAUACAUAUAAUUAUUUUAUUAUUUUUAUUAUAAUACAUUUAUUAUUUGCUAUUUUAUAUAUUUUCAUAUUAUUUAUUUUACAUAAAUUUCAUUUUAUAUACUUUAAUAUCAAUCUAGACAUUAUACAAAGUAAUCUAAUUGUAAAUACUAUAAUUAAUUUUCCAUCAUGUAUGUAUUAUUUAUAUAAAAAAAAGAAAUUCAAAAAUAUGAAGAAAAAAUUUAUAUUAAAUACAAUAAAAUCUUUUGAUAGUUUUAAAUUAACAAGUCAUCAUAUUUUUCACAUUCAUAAUUUUAACUUGUCCUUUGAUACAAUACCUUUUGCCAUUAAACCAAAAAAACAAGAAUGA